AGGUGCUGGUGGUGUUGGGUUGAGCAUCACUGCAGCAGCGAGCGGCUUGCUGUCGCUAUUGCCUGGUAUUAUUUUUUGCUGCUGCCGCCGCUUCGCCCGCGGUUCCAUGAGUGUUUCGCGAAAUUUAUCCAUCGGCUUCUCUCGGACUGAGUAAUAUCUUGCACACAUCACUCCACACAUCCUUUCAGGGUGCAUCGUCAUUCGCACUCCACAUCGCCAGAAUUAUCGCUUGCACGCGCGAAAGAUACUGCGAUGAGACAGGGACAGUCUUUCACUCCGCGCCUUCGGACAUAAUUGUCAACGACAACUCUCGGAAACUUGAACCGCAACUCCAAAUCGACAUCCGAUCUUUUCCAUUCUGACGCGACCAGCUCGAAGCCAUCUUUACGUGAAAAAAUGGCAGCGGGUCGAUCUUUGUUGGUCGGCCGCCGGCGUCGAGCAGAUGACGAAGGAGAGGACGAAGAGGGGCCAAUCACGCUGGAUGAUUCGCAAAGUGAAGGAUCGGUGCUGCACGAGCUGGAUGAAGAAGAUGAUGCGGAUCUCAGCAGCGUAGGCGAUCCUGCUGCCACGACAGGUGCCGACGGUGGAGACAAGGAGAGGAGGGAAGCAGAUCUGACGGGUGGUGGUGCUGGUGAGGUUCGGAGUAAGAAGACACGUAAGCCACGCAAGAAGAACAAGAAGGGCAACAAGCAAGAGGGAGGAGAAAUGCAGCCUCAAAACGGCCCAUUUAAGGUUGCAGCGGAUACGGAGGCGAUGAUGAAUGGAAUGAGGGUUGAUCAUCAAAGUGGUCCUCAAGACGUUGUCGACUAUGCUACAUUGGACCGCAAGGGAUCAACGACUACGGGACGAGCAGUGGAGUCGCCAGGGCCUGUCAUAGUCAAUGGCAGCUCCAGUCAAACCACACUCGACAGAUCAAGACGGGACCAAGAGGGACAACAAACGAAACGCAAUUCUGGACUCGUUCCUAACCCAAAUCGCGGCAAUUUCUUCAUGCAUGAUACACGCUCUUCAUACACCCAAGGCGUAGGUGCGGCGCGAGGUUCAUGGAAUGGUCGUGGGCGAGGCAGAGGUGCUGGCAAUGUGGGCGGCUCCUUCGCUCCAGGCCACAUGCAGAAUGCGGAACGACCUGCAGAACAGCCAUGGAAGCACGAUCUUCACGACACCAUCAAUGAAGAACCCAACGCGCACAGCGCUGCUCGAGGCGACAGCAAUGAUCACGGUCGGCAGCAUCUCGCACACUCCCAAUACAAGCAAGUCCCCCCAGCCAACCAGGGACCCGCCUUGUCAUUUUCCAGUACGACUCUGAUUGGGAAAGUAUCGAUCCGGGUGUAUUUGUCGGGGAUGAAAGACGGCGUUGUGUUUUCCGACAUACCCUGGAAACACUACACACGUCUACCAGAUCAUCGCCCGCCGCUACGUCGUGAUAAGCCAGUACGCAUCUCAAUCCCAGAUCAUCCUCAGCGUUAUAUAUUUCCAGCACUGGAAAGGUCUUUCGUUUUCAUACCUAGACAAAUGCGACCAAAUCAACAAGGCUUUGGCCGAUCGGGAUAUCAACGCAGUGCUGGAAGCUAUGGCUACUCGAGCCGAAGGACGAGCGUGUACGGCGGGAGUGUGUACGCAGGCAGCGUUGCUCCUAGCCGGCGAUCAUCGUUCGCUAGCGUUGCACGGGACAAUGCAUUCUCGCCCGUGGGCGGCUAUGCUGCAGGCAGACAACCGUCCAGGCCGGUCGUAAGGCUACCGCAUGGCUCCCAAUCGCAUCUCAUGACGUCGAGUGUCUCUACUGGAUAUGCCUCUGGCUAUCAAACACCCACUGGUCUUGGUGUUCAUACCUUUCCGCUCCCACAGCAGCCGAUUCAUCAAGCAUACACUCCUACGACCACUGUGCAUCAGCCUCGUCCACAGAAACAGAUCUCUGUCACGGGCAUCGAGUCGCCAGCUGCGUUGCAGCAAUCUGAGUCUCAGCCGUUUCAAAACCAGUUACCUGCCCAUCUUUCUGAUCCUGCAUCGUACGGACAGCAGUCGCAGCCAUUCUACUCACCCCGGCAGCAAUACACAUACCCUCAACAUGGCCAGGCUGGCACUCCACUCUCUGGCAUACCCGAGCAAGCGUUACAAGCAGCCCCCUUCCAACCGCACAUGCCCUACCCGCAACAACCAUAUUAUAAUCCUUACCAACAGCAACCUCCACAAAACUAUUACUACCCCUCCGGCUAUCCCUCUAUGCCCAUGUACCCUGGUCCUCAAAGCUACAUGAUGCCACAGCAACCCAUCCCUCACCAACCCUCCCUCGAGAACAAUAUAUCCUCGACAGCCCAGCAGCAGGUACAGCAACAGCAAACCUCCUCCCAACCUUCUGGUAUGGUCGCACAGGAACACAAUGGCAUGGUCUUCUACAUGCCUGCCUCUGAAGCCACCCAGCAACCCGCAAGCGGCGAAUCCUCAUACCAACCAGCCGAAAGCUUCGUCCCGGCAUACGCCAUGCCAGGUCUUCCGCCACCAACUCCAGCUCCGGAGCAUCCGUACUAUUAUCCUUCAGCCGCCGUACCCGGCAUGACGCAGGUGCCGGCGAACGGCGCGACGGUAUAUUAUGGUUCGACGGGUACUGCCAACGGUGGUGCUGCUCCAGGAUCUUAGUGGGACCCUCGUGCAGGUUGGUUGUAGCGGGUUUUCUUUAGCGACGGGGUUAUUUUGUGCAAGGGAGUUUUGCCCUGGUUGUUUAUUCUCUGGUGGACUUCUUUACUGCCACUACUAUUCACUUUGGAUUACUAUCUGUUUUGUAAUGCAAACCUCUAUCUUUUGCCCUUUGAAGGAGUCAAUUGGCAUUUACUUCGUGGAUGUCUUCGUGAGGUCGAUUCCGUCCGCAUAACAGGUUGUGGCUCAAUACGGCUGCUAAGCACAUAUACAGCGCGUCGAUAGCCCCCAUGCGGCGAAUCGCGUGAUUCGUUUUGAUGGCUCAUUGAGUUCUUUUGUUCUAUUAGAUCUCCGAAACAAUGUCAGCAGAAAUGUUCAUGAUCGCAUGGCAUCGCAUUUAUCCAUGACUUGUAUCGCACACUGUCCAGAGUUGAGCGACCACUUGUGAGUGCGGA